AUGUUAAAAGAUCCUUAUAUAAUCUACUUUUUUUCUGUUCCUUAAAAAAAAUUAAUAAAUGAAGGUUAUAAAUCAAAUUAUUUGUAAAUCAAUCAAUCAAUUAAAUAAAUCAAUCAAAAAUGUGAAUUUAUCAAUUUGGUAAAAAUCAUUAAUUGA